AUCGUCGUCGUGAUAUUGUUAUUGAGACUGGCUUAGUCGCCAUCCAGAACGUCUAUCAACAACAUCACCAUGAUACUCCAGGUAUCAUCAUUAUGUGUGCUUCUUUUAAUCACCGGUUCUUGUUGGGCAGAUCAGCAACAACAACUGGGAAUUYCUAGUUCUCUAGAUGCAGAGUCUAUUAACGACCUGGCCAAAAAGCCGGUGAAACUAGAUCCAAAGUUACGUAAAGCUUUGCUUAAAGUACUUAAUCGAUUGGAAGAAGAGGAUAGAGUAACUGAAGUAAAACAAGCGCAAGUCGAAUCACAACAACAACAAUUUCAGCAACAACAACAACAAUUCCAACAACAACAACAACAGCAGCAGCAACAACAACAACAAUUCCAACAACAACAACAGCAGCAGCAACAACAAAGACAAAGAGAACAGCAACAUCAACGGAAACAAAUACGAUUACUAGAUCAACAGCAAAUACAAAUACUAAGCCAACAGCAAAUACAAUUACAAGAUCAACAGAAAAGACAGUUACAGGAUCAAGAGCAGAGAUUGGAGCUGUCGCAGGACCAAGAGCAAAGUCGGGAGCAGCCGCAAGAUCAAGGAUUGCUGAAACUACAGUCACAAGACCUGCAAAAGCAACAGAACCAGCAACAACUUCCAUUGCAACUCAGUGUAAAAGAGCCAACGGAACAGCUGCAACAAGAACAGAAAGUGUUUACGCUAGCGCAGACGCCGACAGUAGCGUUGCCUACUUCGACGGCAGCGUUGACCACUCGCACCGAAGCAUUGCCUAGUCCGACGGUAGCGUCGCUUACAUCAGUCUCGUCCAAGACGGCAACAGUCAGCACGUCAGCUGCGCCUACGUCACCAGCGCUGUUGCCGACGCUAUUGCCGCCAACGCCCAAUUCAUCCAGCGCCACCAAGUCUAUUUCGAACGACAAAGCGCCAAACAAUGCGCUGCGUACGACGCCAGCCGCGUCCACAGCACCGUCCACAGACACUGGCACCGUGGUCGACUUUUUCGAAGCACCCCUACUGACGGCAUUCACGGUGCAACAGGACUCAGMGGGCGUCCCACGACGCGUCAUACCCAUUUUCACGGAACCGGGACAGCUGGAAAGGCAGAAGAUAUUGGCCCUGGAAACCCGGGCGGAAUCGGGUGACGGUGGCGAYCGAAAUACGGUCGAACCGGACAGGAACGAACUGGAGUUCCURAAAAGCGUCGARCUGUCGAAGCAACAGCUACAGUCAGCACCGUCGCGAGAAGKACUGCAGCAGCGUGAGUCGUUUGCCGUACAACAACAGUUGAGGUUCCAACAACAGCUGCAGCAGAGGGCGGUGCUCGAAGAACAACAAAAACAGCAACAGAUCGUCCAACAACGUCAACUGCAACAACAAAAACAACGACAACAACAACAACUUCAACAACAACAACAGCAGCAGCAGCAGCAGCAGCAGCAGCAGCAGCAACAACGGCAACAACAGCAGCAGCAGCAAACGGCUGUGGUCUUCCAGACACAGCAACAACCACAGCCACAGCAGUUGCAACUGCAAACUGUCCAAGGACAGCAGCAACCUAAUCGAUUCGUUCCACAACAGCAACUGCAGUUCGGCGACGGUCCGUUGGUGCUUCUGCCACAGUUUGCCCAGCAAAACUCACUGCAGCAGCUGCAGCAACAGCGAGUGCUUAGGCAACCACAACCGCAGACGUUCGGUUACGGGUUGUCAGUGCCCAGACUCCCAGGAGACUUGGAUGUGGUGUAUAAGGUGUUGGCAUUGAACCACGAGGGCAGAAACAACAACGCGAUUGGACCACARCCGUUUUUGUUCUGAUCGCCAUCCAGAAAUCUAACGAUGGUGGCGAUUAUUGCCGUUAUGUUAUUGUUUUUAUUUUUAGAAAUAUUUUUUUAGUCGAUUCGUUUUCUCUACAACACUUGCGUGGUUGAACCCGGCGAAAUAAUAUAUCGUAAUGGCGUUAAGUUCCAAGCACUCACUUAUAUGAUAUGAUAAAUUAUUAUUGUUUUCUAUAACACGUCGAAAAUGAGUUAUUAUUAACAUGCAAAUCGUGGUUUUUUUUAUAGCUAACCGGAUAACUACUUUUUAGUGGGCAUUAUUUUGUWUUUUUGUAUUUUAAACGGACAUUACAUUUUAUUUUUAUUGUUUUUAAUGAUCUGAUAAGGUCUUAUUAUACGUACAUUUUUUUUAAACGACCAUCGUAGCCGGGUGAACCGUUUA